GGUCUGAAAAACUGGCGCCGAGGCGUAGAUUUCAACGAGAAGUUUGUACUUGUUAAUUGUAUCUGAUUCUGAAAAUAACUUGUAAUGUGAUGUAGAUAAUGGCAAGCUUCACCAUGUCUAACCCCGGAGCAUCUGAUGGGGACAACAGCCCUGCUGGACUUCUCCUGAGAAUGGUACAAACUCUACUCAACAAGAAACAAGGUGAGGAUGUCUCGGCUCAAUUUCAGUAUGUUGUCAGAAUCAUCAGUAGCAACCUGACCCCUACUAUUGAAAAUGAUGAGUUUCUGGUCGCUGAAAGAAUCAAACGUAAAUUGGCUAAAGAGAAAAGAGAGACUGAUGCUGCCGUAUUCUCUGAACUACACAGGAAAGUCCAGUCCCAGGGCGUUCUGAAGAAUAGAUGGGCCAUUCUAUACCUGUUGUUCACACUCAGCGAAGAGAAACAAGGAAAUAAACAACUGGGUUCUAAGACAGCAGCUACGAUAUUCGGUAGAGGAUUACCCAAGCUUGCUACCUCCACCCCGUAUACAACCCGGGAUGACCCACGCGGUGUCGCGCAUCAUGGCUCCUCAAUACUCCCGUCUCAAACUCCUCUCCAACGGGAACCAAGUUCCAGUACACUCUCUUCAAAGUCUUCCCAUCUCAGUAGUGGCAUUGGUAGCGGUAUCAGCAGUAUAAGUGGACCCACUCCAACACCUCAUUCCUAUGCUCCAGGGGCUAUGAUGACUCCUGGCAUGACCCCCGGUGUACCCCAAGGCAACACUCUAGGACCACAUUCUGUUGGAGGAAGGCUUGCUCGCAUGCUCAUCGGGGACAGCACAACACAAGCAGACAGUGACUUCAAGAGAACUCAUACAGGUGCUAGGUCAGGCAUGCUUGAAAAUGAUUCCUUUGAAGUAGCUGAGAAGACGCUGGUUCAUGAUCUGAUCUAUGUCUUUCAAGGUAUUGAUGGAAAGAUGAUCAAGUAUGAUGCAACGGCUGAUGCAUUUAGGAUAUCAUCAGAGUUGGGAGUUCCUAGAUCCUGUCGAGACCUCGUGCACAAGCUGUCGGAGUUGGGAUGGCUGUACCUGAAGGUUCGAAGGUACAUCGAUGCCAGGAACCAGGACAAAGCAUUUGGACUGGUUGGUCAGAGCCUGUGUGCAGCAUUACAGCAGGAGCUUACUGAAUAUUAUAGACUGCUAGCUGUCCUUGAAGCGCAGCAACUUCAAGAACAAGAUGUUGGUUUGGAUGAGGGUUCACCAAGCAACCUUUCCUUGUUUCGUCUGAACGUUUGGACAUUUGAUCCUAUACAUCGGAUGAAACAACUAGCCAUAUUAGUGGAUGGUUGUACAGAUAAAAAAGGAGGAGCGUUGGCAUCUGCUAUCCAUUCCUACACGUUACACGGUGACCCUUCGACCAGACUCCUUAUCAAACACAUUCUACGGCUUGUCGCUUUCCCAAUCCGGACUAUGCUGGAUAGGUGGAUCUUUGAUGGCCAGUUAGAGGAUAAAUACAAUGAAUUUUUUGUUGGCGCAGACCCUAGUGUCAAAGACGAGAAGCUGUGGCAUGACAAGUAUUCUUUACGGAAGUCCAUGAUUCCAUCAUUCAUUACCAUGGAGCAAGCAAGAAAGAUCCUCUCAAUUGGGAAAGCCAUUAACUUCUUACGUCAAGUCUGCAAGGAUCACACCCUCAUCAAGGGGAAGUCCCUGAUGACAUCAACAUCACAAACCAAUAGCUACCAGAACACCGAGAUGUUGCUACAACAAGAUAUGGACGGCUCGUUUCAACAAGUCAUUGAUAUUGAAUACAGAGAUACGAGCAAGAGACUUCUUUACAUCCUACAGACUGAGUUCAAAUUCCUAGAACACCUUAAGGCGAUGAGGAGAUACCUCCUGCUUGGGCAAGGUGACUUUAUCAAACACUUGAUGGACCUUCUAGAGGCUGAUCUUGCCAAGCCAGCGGACAUGUUGUAUCUUCACAAUUUAAAUGGCGUACUGGAGACUGCUGUCAGAGCGACCAAUGCUCAGUUUGACGACUCGGAUAUACUCAGUCGGCUUGAUGUCAGGCUACUGGAGAUCUCCCCAGGAGACACAGGCUGGGACGUCUUCAGCCUAGACUACCAUCUCGAUGGCCCAAUCAACACCGUCUUCACCGACAGCUGUAAGAUCUUGUACCUCCGGGUUUUCAACUUCCUCUGGAGGGCCAAGCGGAUGGAGUACGUCCUAGCUCAGGUCUGGAAGGGGCAGAUGACCAACGCUAAGGCUUUAAGAGCCAUCCCAGAACUAUCGCCGCUCCUUCAUAGAUGUCACAUGAUCGCCACUGAGAUGAUCCAUUUUGUGAAUCAGAUGCAGUACUAUAUUAACUUUGAGGUGAUGGCUUGUUCAUGGGAUGAGAUGUGGAAGGACGUGACAGAGGCUGAGGAUCUUGAUAAAAUUAUCGCAGCUCAUGAAAUCUUCCUAGAUACGAUCCUCCGAAGGGCGUUGCUUGAUGAGGAAUCAAGGCCGUUAUUGACCCAGCUACGAGCGAUCUUUGAUCUGAUCAUCAAGUUCCAGAAUGUGCAGGAGGCCAUGUACACUAAUGCUUUGGAGGAACUGGGUAGGAGACUAGCUGUCACUAAAGCUAUCAGAUCCAGAACUGGACAGGGAGAAUGGGGAACGACCGCUUUGGAGGAGGAAGAGAACGAGAGAAGAAAGGUCAAUUUCCUGCGAACUUUCUUGCCAAGCUCAAAGGCCCAGUUGAAAGUACUAGCUCAGUCAUACCAGGACAUGGUGCAGAAAUUCCUGAUGAUGCUGCGGGAUCACCCUGACGACAGUCUCCGCCUCCUGGCUGUCAGGCUAGAUUUCAAUGAAGUGUACCGAGCGAAAGAUCCCAAGCUACGUAGCCCCAUGUCCGCCAUCAGAAAGAAAAGAGUUUACUAAGAGGGUCUGUGUUUGAGGCUAGACAAAUUUGUUACUAUUUUCUAAUCUCAGUUAGUCAGUACUCUUAAGGAUCCUUACUGGGAGUCAAAGCUGUGUCUUUUAUGCUUGAAUACCACAAAUAGUCACAUUUCCCAAAGACCGAGCUAAAGAUCUCAAGCUGCAGCGCCCUUUGUCGGCCAUCAGAAAGGAAAGUUAUCUAAGGAGGUCUUUUUAUGAGGCUAGGCAAAGGAUUCGCAGAUGUUGUUUGAAGGUUUGCAUAGUAGUGUGGACAAUUAUGGGAGUGGUUUGUGGUACGCCUUGUGGAAAGUCCUAGAAAGGUCUAAGAAAAGGGGAUUGAGGUCUAAGUGAAAUGGAUAGGCGAGAAGGUGGAGGAUUGAAAGGAUUUAUUUGUAUUUCACCAAAAUUGGUUACCAUUUUGUGAUCUCAAUUUAGCAUUGAGCAGUGCUCUUUGGAUCCUUACCAUAAGUUAUAGCUGUGUCUUUUAUGAAAAAAUAGCAGGGUUCCCAACCCAUCAGGGAAAAUUAUUAUCCUUUUUUCCAGUCAGGGAAAAAUCAGGGAAUGUGAUUUAAGAAAAAUGCCUCAAAUGAAGGAAAAAUCAGGGAAUUUGAUCAGCCCCAAAGUCGAAAGCACUGUAAUCAGUCAGACUCUGUUAUAUUUUGUUGCAUAUCAAAACAUCAUCCAUUGAAUGACUGGUUUUGGUGGUUUUUUGUGGGUUUUUUUACACAUAAUACACUGCAACAUCUUAGAAAACAUGCAAAACUGGGACUGGGUUUAAAUAAUUAUCAGGGAAUUUUUAAACUUCAUCAGGGAAAAAUCAGAAAAAUAUCAGGGAAGUUUGUUUUCUUGAAAAGCUGGGAACCCUGAUGAAUAGGGAUUUUUCACUUCCAUGACGCACAACAGAUUCAAGAACACAGUAAAUGUAUUGAAAAUGCCAGUCAAAUGACAAUGAACAGCUGGGAGGGCUUUGUCAAAAACCGGUGAACCAAGACAGCAUAUUUGUCCUACGUUUCGGAGCUGAUGAAAAAUUGUAAAUAUGUCAUUUGUUCAGAGUCCAUGGCCCUGUCUUACAAAGAGUUACGAUUGAUCCAAUCGAUCGUAACUCUAUGGAAAUCCAUCAGUGUCAUAAUUUUUUCGACAGGAAAUUUGCAAAAUGUCCUUUGUAAACAAAGGAAAACACACCAAAUUGUCAAGAAAUCGAUGACUUUAUGGAUAUACAUUCAUAUCUAGAACAAAUUUUGAAAAAACAUGCAUUUUAUAUGUUGAUGUUGCUGGCUUUCCAUAGUUGUGAUUGAUCGGAUCAAUCGUAACUCUUUGUAAGACGGGCCCCUGGAUGUCACUGCUGCUUUGAUUCACCAAUUUUCGACAAAGACUUCUGGGUUGUUCAUUGUCAUGAAGGGCUUUCGACAAUACAUUUUCUAUUUCUUAAAUCUGUCGUGCGUCUUGGAAGGGAAAACUCCUUAACACCGCAAUCGUCACAUUCCUUAAAAACAAACAAUGUUGGAAUGCAGGAGAGAAGCAGUGAGAGGCGCCUACAGGCCACCGCACACCUUAUGACUGGUCCACGAUCCGAUUUUGGAACACAUUGCAUUUUGCUCAUUUUCUGAAAAUGUGAAUGAAAAGUCUAUUUUUUUUAUUUGAGGUUCAAAUUAAUUGAAAGAUUACUAAUGCAACAAUUUCGGAUGAUUGGAAGCCUUUAUUUUUUAGUAAAUGCCAAAUUAGUUUCAAAUUGUAGUGAAUCGUACGAUUGCCAUGACGUCAUUACGACUAGAUAUGAAACUCACUUUUAGUUUAAUAAGGGCGAUAGCAUAGCCACAGAUGUGAACAUAGGUAUUAGUAUGAUGUUUUAGAAUAUUACACAGUAAAGAUAUUCUGUGUUUCAAUAUAAGCAUCAAAUUCUACUACGUUUUGUUCUAAAAUCGGGUCGCAGACCAAUCGUUAGGUGUGCGGUGGCCUUAACACAUUUACGGUAGGAUCACUGCUUAAAGACGCGAAUCUGAAUUAUUGGUAAUGGUAUUACGUGCCUUAUACGCCCCAUCCCCUUCCAAAUGAAAUAAAUUUAUGAUAAUCGUGCAGUUCUCUUAUAGACCGUGAUAUAUACAUGUAACAUCUCUGCAGGCUUCCAAAGGACAUGAAUAUUAUUUCAAUAAAGCAUUUUAAUAAAUAAUUUCUGCCAGGUACCCCCCCCCCCACUUGGGUUAAGUAUAGAUCAAUUUGUCUGAACCAAAUCUUCAUGCGGAAGAGCGUAAUAUUUUGUAUUUUAACCUAUACAGGCAUUUUAGCGGAUAAAUAAGUCAUAUUUCGCUCGCUACUUUCAAUCCGAGACCAACGAGGUAAACAUUUGCCAUGUUGCCCUCUCCGGGCUUUGCCCAUAGGAAUCCUGUACAAAACAGAGGGCAAUAUUGGCCAUAUUUCUGCUAGUGCGCUUGCGCAGUAGGAGCCAAUUUUGAUUGCUAAUUUCAGUAUUUGAAAAAUCUAGCUGGAACCAGUUUAUGAAGCAAUGCAUUGUAGAUAUAAUGCGCGGCGGGACCAGUGCAUGCAUACGCAAACCCAAGAUUUCUACCCGUUAAGUGUAUGUGCGCACCAUGCAUGAUGCGCAACUGCAAGGUAACAAUUUACGUCACAAUUGCUUAAUAUUAAGGGUUACUUCGCUAAGUUCGUGAAUAACCUGAAAUCAGAAGUAGUGAUAAGCAAGCAGGCAUAUGAAUUGUUCUGAAUAGUAGCCUAAAUUACACAUUGUACCGCCUUAGGUAAUGAUAAUGAUAUUGACUGGCUCUUUUGGGGGGAAACAUCAAAUAUGUUGCCCUUAAAAGAACCAUAUUGCCCUUGUCUAGAGACGUGGGUCAAUAUCAUUCUGUUGUAGGCAACAUAUAUGAUGUUCCCCUCCAGGUCAGUCAAUAUUAUGUAAAUAUUACUGACCUGGGUCAUGAGACUGAACUGCCAGGUUGCCUUUGGUAACUGCAUAGGUUGAAUUGUGUUUGUGCAAGAAUGCCCUUAACAUCACACUUAUGCGCAAAAACACCCUUAGCAGCACGCAUAAGUGCAUUGCGUAAGGUCGUUCUUGCACAGAUACAACAAAAUUGUUUUUCAUUUGCUGAUAGCUUAAGAAUAACAAUAAUCUUGACUCGUCUUGUUAAGGUUGUGGAGGUCCUCAUUUUGACAUAAUCAUCAUUAAUGGUGACCUCUUCCAAAACUGUAUAUUCAGCAUUUAUUGCUGCAUUUUGAACUUAAAACUUCUAACACAAACGCUUGUGAUCAAUCACAUAAUUGCAAUGGCCAAUUAGCAUCAUUGUCGCAUGUUUAAAAGUCUCACCACUAACCGAUCAGAAUUGAUUUCUCAAAAUCAGUAAUCAAUGGCAACCCUUUUAUAGCUCAGAGCAUAUACACGAGACGUGUGACAACUGAACGAAGGGUUCCAUGUCAUUUCCUCCAGCUACGAUUGCCCUGCUAUAAAUUCCAAACACUUAAGCCCGUCUCAUACUAUGUGAUCCGGUGCGACGCGAUUUUUCAAGAAAUCGCAUUUUGCAUUAGAUAUGAAAGUUCGAAGAAGUAAAAUUAUUUUAUUUAAAGUUAGGCACAUUGUUAGGAAAACUAAAAUCAAAUUUUUUAAUUUGCGGCAAGCCGGAGUAAAGUGCAAAUCAGCUUCAAGUCGCAGCUGAUGAUGACGUCAUUACAAUUUGAAUAUGUUUUUAUUCAUUCAGGGAGGCUCUAACUGGAACUUAAUUUCGAUUUCAGUAGUCCUACCACUAUUUUGAUCUCUGAUCCGUAAUACAUAAUUAGUUGUAAUUGCCAUAUCAAAUGUUAUCAUAAUUGAUUUGAAAUUCGGAUCGCAACGAGUCGCAUAGUGUGAGAUGGGCUUAAUGGAAUGACCAGGAAUGACCAAAUUCAACCCUGGGUUUAUAUCCUACCCUAAACCUACAUGUAACAUCAACCCUAUUCCAACCCGAACCCUACAUCCUAAAUGAAAUAAAACCAGGAGUAAUAAGCCAGAUCACGGUUAGCUCAUGAUCAACUUUUCUCAAAUGACCUUUGUGAUUUUUCAUUAGGAUAAGCACUACCAUUUUCAAAUGUUGCGUAAGCUUUACCGGUAGAGUAUUCAAAUUCUAAGAACAAAAGGCAUUGUAUAGACCUGGGGGGCGUUUCAUGAAAGGACUUGUCGGACGUUUUAUCCGACAAGUUCCAUUUUAUCCGACAGUUACCAUAGGAACAGUGCAUCUCGGCCAAUCAAAAUCAUGGAAAGAUGUCAGAUCUGACAACUUGUCGGAUGAAAAUAUUGAUGAAACGCUCCCCAGGUGACUAGAAUAGUACAUCAGGGAUAAAGUUUGGAAAUCUGUUUUAUUGUCUGCCUUUGGCACAUUUGACUAUUGUUUAGGCUACUGUCAAAUACCAAUGAUUAUGAAGGCUCUAUUUAUUACUCUUCAGCUUGGAUGUGAUAAAUAUUUUUAAAGGAAACAUGAAUAAUCAUCAAAUCAUAAAUGCCUAUGUCAGUGAAUUUGAAAGCCACCUUCAUGGUUGUCUCCAAUGACCUUUUUCUGCUCGUGAACAGGCUUAUUGUUGCUGGAGCUAAUGUCAUGUCACUAAAAAAAACCCAUAAAAGUGACUUAUUACAAAAUAAGCUAUUUGUAAUCUGAGCUACAUGUAUAUACAUAUUUUUUUGUUCUGAAAUGUAUUGUAUAGUUUAUAAAAUGAUUUGGCUAUUGUACAAUAAUAAAAUUGUAAAUAUGGCAAGAUG